GCUGUUGUACCCUUGAGUAAGGUCCUUAAUCUGCAUUGCUUCAGUGAACAUCUGUAUAUGCAUAUCAACACCUUAUAAAGAUACAAGCUGUGAAUCAUCUCCCUGAAAUAACUGGAUGCGGUGUCCUGAUAAGGGAAAGAACAGAGUGAUGUGGGGCCAGUGUGUUUGUGAGAGAGAGAGGUUUGUAAAUGCGCGGAAUGGCUAGCUGGCUCUUUCAGGGUAAGCAGAGCAGAGGCUAUUGUUCCAGACCAGGCUCGGCACAGUGGUUUGAUGCGCUCCAGACUGUGGCCAGUAUUGAGUCAAGAUGGGAUAAAUGGCUCAUUCCCUGCUCUAAACUUUCUGUUUUUUUAUUGUGUGUGCAGAGUUAUAGAAGUGUGUGUGUGUGUGUGCGUGUACAUGCAUGCAUGUGUGUUAGUUUGUUUUUGCAUUACUUACUGUGUUACUAACAGGCUUUCUGAGUUGGUGCAGUCAUUUGGUGCACUCAUAACUGUGGUCAUGUGAGGUGUCUGCUCUGUGUGUGUGUGAGUGUUUGUGAGAGUGUUUGUGCGGUGUGUGGAUCAAUGUGUGUUUGUCCUGUUGGGUUUGUCUAUCCCAGGAGUCACGGGGCAUCAUAAGACCCCAUUUCUGCGCCCCACCCAUGCUGCUUCCGCUGAGCGAGGAUGGCUGACGGACAGGACUCCGUUCAGAUCGGGGAGAACAGAUUUGUCAGCAAGAGCGUUCUGCUGUCACACCUGAAAACCUACAACCUGUACUAUGAGGGACAGACGCUCCAGCUCCGACACAGGGAGGAGGAGGACGAGCUGAUCGUGGAGGGGCUGCUCAACAUCUCCUGGGGCCUGCGACGGCCAAUCAGGCUUCAGAUGCAGGACGACAAGGAGCGAAUCAGACCGCCUCCCGCCUCCACAUCCUGGCACUCGGGCUGCAAUCUGGAGGCUCAGAGUAAAGAGGGUUCCCAGCAAGCCCCGCCUUCCGUCGAGGUGACAGAGCCAGAGGGCCAAUCGAACAACAGCGCUGUGAAGAAGGAAGCAGAGACAGGAGAGGAAGAAUCCCCACAGCUCCUGAGGACUAAAAGUGAUGCAGGGGUGUGGAGGCGGGGCCCCCGGCGAUCGCCUAGCGACCAGCGGCGAAUCAGACGCCAUCGAUUCUCCAUCAACGGCCACUACUACAACCACAAGACAGCAGUGUUCACCCCUGCGUACGGCACUCUGACGAACGUCCGCAUCAACAGCUGUAUGACCACCCCUCAGGUCCUGCGCGUGCUGCUCAGCAAAUUUAAGAUCGAGAACAGCCCCGACGACUUCGCCUUGUACCUCGUGCACACCAGUGGCGAGCGAGCGAAGCUGAAACGCAGCGAUCAUCCCCUGGCGAUUCGUGUGCUCCAGGGCCCGUGCGAGCAGGUCUGCAAGGUCUUCCUCAUGGAGGAGGACUUGGGAGAGGAGGUCACCUACGACGUGGCGCAGUACAUCAAGUUUGAGAUGCCGGUGUUGCGGAGUUUCAUCACCAAACUGAAGGAGGAGGAGGACAGGGAGGUACAGAAGCUCAGAAAACGGUACAAAUUAUUUCGCUGUAUCAUUGAGAAGCAGUUGCAAUCUCUGACCGAGCGGUCCACCUAUGUGUGACCCCGCCACACUGCAGGAACCCCAAGAAAACUCUGCCUUAAUUGGGUUUCUCACCCUCCUUCCAUCCUUCCACCUGGUUCCUCUUACCUUCUAUCCCUUCUCCAUACAGUCUCUCCUUCUCCUUUUUUUCGCUCUGUUUUAGACUCACCCGGUACAGGUGAGGAGCAGUGGCAGUACUGGUGCAGAGCAAUAACGCCCGUUAUGACACCAAUGUCAGAAAAGAAAGACGUUUCCUAUAGCACUUUUUUCCCAUGGGACUUUGCAAAUAUAUAUACGGUGACUAACCCAGCCAAUCAGACUGUCCUCCUGCAGGAGGGCAAAAGCACAUUCCCCUGAGCUGAUUCUGCCUAGCUCAAACUGCCUCUCUGUCAGGUCAGGGCAGGAUUAGGUCCACUCGCGUUACCACUGAGCUGCUUCUACGUAUCUCCGCUACGGAACAGGCUCUCUCAAUGUUUACACUUUGGAAGAGGCUUUUCAGAGGUGUUAAGCUGUAAAGCAGGCUCACUUAACUGUCGCACUGCUGGAACAGGCUUUUCUGAGCACCUACACUGAGGACAGGCCUGCUGAUCUCAGCCGCGGCUUGGCUCGC